AUUAACCACCCGUUGAUGAAUCCGUUAACCCGGGGCAAAAAGGUUCGGCUUAGGGAGAGCUUGAAGCCUGCGGCUAUGGCCAUUUCGCACCAAUUCUCCUUCUCUUUACCCUCACUCUCCUAUGACAAAGUCAACCACAGAAACUCUUCUGCUCGAUUCAGUUGCUUUUCAACCGGACAAAAAUCUCUUGAAGCAACGGAAACAAAAUCAAGAACUGAAUACAAGCCAGGAAUCCUCGAUAAUGUUUUCCUCACUUUGUUCCGUAAGAAAAUGGUUCAGGAGAUUGGAUGGGACUCGGAGAAGCCAGAGUACGAUGGAUUAAUCGAUGUUGCACAUCGUAUAAUGAUUGGUCGAUCCAAUGCUGAAGCUACUGAAUCCGCGGUCCGGAUAUUAAGAGCUUUAUUUCCUCCAUUAUUAUUAGAGCUCUACAAAAUGCUUAUUGCACCGAUAGCUGGAGGCAAGGUAGCUGCUAUAAUGGUCGCACGGGUGACUGCAGUUUCUUGUCAAUGGCUCAUGGGACCGUGUACUGUUAACACUGUCAAUCUACCUAAUGGAUCCUCAUUGUCUAGUGGGGUGUUUGUGGAGAAAUGCAAGUAUUUGGAGGAGAGCAAAUGUGUAGGUGCAUGUAUCAAUACAUGUAAGCUUCCUACACAGACUUUUUUCAAGGAGUACAUGGGAGUUCCGUUGGUGAUGGAGCCCAACUUCAGUGACUAUAGCUGCCAGUUCAAUUUUGGGGUACUUCCUUCUCCACAGGAAGAUGAUAGCGCCCUUAAGGAACCAUGCCUCGAGUUAUGCCCAAGUGCCACCCGACGCAGGGAAGUUACUGGUGGGAUGAAUGUGUUAAAAUGCCCCAAGGCUUGAAAUUACCAGUCAAUACUGAGUUUCAGCUAGUAAAGAUUCUCUCCAUCGUCAUAUCCAAAGAUGAAAGAGUUCAGAAUUCAUACAUACUUUAAAUGUAUGUAUAUAUCUAAAAAAAUUCAUAUUCAUGCAGAUUAUCUUUACCUUCUUCUCGCCAAUAAGAUCUCUUAUCAGGAAGCAGCAUUUGUUCUCAGACA